UUGCCAGAUAAAUCUGGCCACCUGGCAACGCUGGUUAUUGAUGUUAGUUCUUGAUAUAAACGAACGAUUACCCGCGGCUUCUAAUCUUUUUUUGCUAAUCGUGAUAGAUAUUUAUUUUCUAUUUAAGAUCAUUCACCAUGGCUGAAGACGAGCAGAUUCCGAUAAUCCCGGUAAAAGAACCCCUGGAUUUGAUCCGACUCAGUUUGGACGAGAAGAUCUAUGUUAAGAUGAGGAACGAACGCGAACUUAGGGGUCGAUUGCACGCCUUCGACCAACAUUUGAAUAUGGUCCUUGGAGAUGCAGAAGAAACGGUAACUACCGUUGAAAUUGACGAGGAAACAUACGAAGAGGUCUAUAAGACAACAAAGAGAACCAUUCCAAUGUUGUUCGUUAGAGGAGAUGGUGUCAUUUUGGUUUCCCCACCGAUGCGGGUGGGUAGCUAAAGUAGAAAAUUCGGAUUUCUCAUAAUACACUUAUCGUAAUUUAUACAA